AGUGUUUGCGGUGUGCAAUUACGCGUUCACUCAGUAUGUCACUGGACAGCGAACGGCUCGGUUCCGAUUCUUGACCGGCUGCUGCUGCUGUUGCUGUUGGUCCACCCCCGCCUAAGCGAGUACAGUGAAUUUAUUUUUUGUCACUAUCUAACGUUCAAAUCUACUCGCGGUUCGCGUAACUAGUACAUCAUCAUCAUUAACAACAUCAGUACCUAGUAUGUGCUAAUGUUUGGAGUCGAUUGAUAGAAUUGGAAGAGGCCGGUUCUAAUCUGAUUAGAUUAACAGCAACGAGAGCGUGAGUGGUUCUCGAGCACAACCGAUCUAACUAUAGCGAGGCCCGUGGAAACAUUGAUAGAAUCAGUAGACCAAGGCAUAAAACCAGUCAUCAGUCAGGUCGUUAAAAGCAGUAAUCUCGAAGUGUUAUAGUGUGACGUUCGGCAGUCUACAGGGAUUGUGCUGUAAUAUGUAACGCCAAGUCGUUGUAACUAAACGACCUUCUCUAACUGGGCAACUAGGCUGCACAGGUGUAUAGCGUACGACCUUUCGGAUCGCUGAAUUAGUAGUAAAUAGUCGUGCUGCAGGAAACAAACUUUUCCGUUAGAACACAAACACAGCGCGCGUCAGUUAUCUCGGAAAGUGCGAAGUUUGAUGAGCUGCGAGAAUCGCUCAAACAGUGCGCUUAACUUUCGAACGACGAAGUGGAAUUGCAAGUAGGAAACAAAAAUGAAUAUUUGGUUACGAAUGCUCGGCGUUCUGCUGCGGGUUUUAAACGUCGUGCUGCUGCCACUGAUUAAGUUUGUUGGAGGUCCUCGGCGGAAAACGCCCUUCCCGGAGAUCCGAAAUGAGAUGCUGGAGAUAUCGGCCGUGGAUCUGGCGGAACGCAUACGAAAUAAGGAGCUCCGCUCGGAAGAUGUGGUGCGGGCCUACAUCGACCGAAUUCGUGAAGUGAGCCCUCUGAUCAACGCUGUGGUGGAGGAACGUUUCACGGCGGCUCUGGAGGAAGCCAAAAAGGCGGAUGAAAUGAUAGCCAACAUGCAGACCAUUUGGCUUAUCAAAACCUAUCCCCUAUUAGGUGUACCUUUCACGGUGAAAGAAAGCUGUUCACUCAAAGGUGCCCUGCUGACCGGAGGCUCCCUUCCUCGCCAGGGACUCAGGGCGAGUUCUGAUGGUGAAGCUGUAGCGCACCUGCGAGCUGCCGGAUGUAUCCCACUGUUGGUGUCCAACACGCCGGAAUAUUGUCUGAGCUGGGAAUCCUACAAUCAUAUUACGGGUCGGUCACUCAAUCCGUACGAUAACCGUCGGACGGCGGGCGGGUCCUCGGGAGGCGAAGGAGCACUUAUAGCUGCCGGGGCAUCACUGUUCGGUGUGGGUAGUGAUGUGGCCGGGUCAAUUAGAGUGCCGGCACUGUUCAAUGGUAUUUUCGGACACAAACCAACGGCCGGCGUCAUCUCCAUCGACGGCCACUUCCCUACGUCCUCGGAUGAAAAAUUCGCCAACUUUCUCACCGUGGGUCCGAUGUGUCGUUACGCGAAGGACCUACCGACGCUGCUGCACAUAAUGGCCGGUCCGCGGGCCUACAAGCUCCGUCUGGACGAGACGGUUUACACUAACGAUAUCCGCAUUCACUACAUGGAAGAUGUUGGGUUCAACGUCGGCUUCAUACCGGUUGACGAUGAGAUCAAGAUCGCCAUGUACCGAGCGGUGCAGUACUUCAAAGGGCACGGUCUGCAAACCGAGCGGGCUGAAUUCGACCACAUGAAUGAAUGUCUAGAAAUGGCGCUGUGUACGCUUCAGUCGCUAGAGGAUGUUCCUAGCAUUUUUGAAAACAGGGAAAAUCCGAAAGAGAAACACAGCUUGCUGUUGGAACUGGGAAAAGCGAUGAUCGGCAAGUCGCGUUUUACGCUGGCUGGAAUCAUGUUCUACAUUCUGUUUAACACCAAGCACCUGUUCAGCCCGAAGGAGCAACAGCUUUAUCUACAGAUGGCGCAGGAUUUGAAGAAGCAAAUGAUAGACACACUGGGAACCGACGGAGUCCUGUUCUUGCCAACCUACCCGAAAGCGGCCAUACGCCAUUACGAAUCAUUCGGUCACAUUACGGGUGUAACCUAUACGAUGCUAUUUAAUGCACUGGGAUUCCCAGGAACUCACGUCCCGCUGGGAUUUAACCGCGAGGGUCUUCCGAUUGGAAUUCAGAUAGUGUCCGCUCCUUACCAGGAUCGGCUAAGUCUCUGCAUUGCUCGGGAGCUGGAGGCCGCUUUUGGUGGCUGGAAGGCGCCGCAGUAAGUCCCGGUUGGAUAUUUGGUUCCGGUUUACGUACCGUAGCGCUGCGUUAUGUGGAAAACCGGUGGAUUAUUAUUUAAUUUUAGGUUUGUGAUGCGAAAUCGAGCUGAAUGGAUGGUUGUCGUUAAUCGAGAUUAGUAGAUAGUUUCCAGUGGCAGAUUCGUUGUACAAUAGGAAUAGCAUUUAAACGUAAUCUAGGGGGACAGAUGCAAUAAAUUUACACGAGAUUUGUUUACAA